GUCGUUCUCUUCAAAACAUGUCUCUCGUCUCCUCUCAUCUCUCUGAUCUGCCCGUCUCUCUCUGAACUCUCUCUGUCGCCGUCGAGAGGAAGCCGGCCGCUCGUUCGCUCGCUCCGACCGAGAGGAAGCCAGGGCCGCUCGCUCCUGCUCCACGCAGUAAAGAGGAUGUUUUCUUCGAUUCGAAGCCCUGGUUAGAGUACGACUGUGAAGAUGUUUUUUUCAGUUGUCAAUGGUGAUUUCACUCCUUCUCGUGGGAGUACUCCUUCCCGUGGAAACACUCCUAUCCACCCAUCCUUAUUCAGGGGAACACAAUUGGUUAAGAAUGCCCCUCGGGACAAAGCACCUGUCCUUGUUCCCAAGCCUUCCCCAACAAGUAAGAAAAAGAAACUCGCUGAACUUUUCCGAGAUAGCCUCACGGAUCAAGAAGAUGUUGCCGAUCAUGAUGCUUCGGCUCACAAAGCUAUGGCAGAAGAAAAGGCUGAAGCCAAGCCAACUAUACUCGAUGUUCUUCUGAUCUCUGAUCAAGGAACGCCUUCCACUUUCAUGUGUAGCGGCGAAAGGACUCCUAAUGGAGACCAUGUGAUGGAGGAGCAGAAACCGGUUAGAACUGUGACUUGUUGCCUCCCUAGAUUGUCUUCAUACGGCGGUUUUACUGAGAGGAAUAAGAAGAUGAGCUCUGCAAUAACCGUGCAUGAUUAAAAUGUUCAUCAGUUUGAGCUUUAUUUGGUGGAAGUCGGGAUCUCUUGUGCUAAGAGACUAUGUAUAGUCUAUAGAGGUCUUAAAUCUUGUGUGCAUGCUGCUAUCUUAUGCAAAAGCAUGUAUAUUGCAAACUGAGGCAACUGACUCGAGUAUUUGACUCAUAGCAAAUUUUCUUUUCG